CCGGGCCCUGCGGAAGGCGGAACCGGCGCCUUGCCCGGGCGGGCGGCUCCGGCGGCAGCAGCGGCGGCGGGACGAGGAGGCGGCCAGGGCAGAAACCGCCCCGGCGCGUCCCCUCCCGGCGGCGGCGGCGCGGCCCCCCCGGGCGUUCACCUUGCGCGGGGCGAGCGGGGCCGCAUGGAGCAGCCCGGGCGCGCCGCCUGCCUCGCCAGCGCCCCCCGCCCCGCGCCAUGAACCGGCUUUAGCCGCGGCGGAGCCCAGCGGAGCCCCGCACCGCCUGCCCGCCCGCCCGCCCGCCGCCCCCAUGGCGAAGGAGAGGAGCAGGAAGGCGCUGGUGGAGCUGCUCCAGCGGCCGGGCAACGCGGCGUGCGCCGACUGCACCGCCCCGGAGCCGGACUGGGCAUCCCACAGCCUGGGGAUCUUCAUCUGCCUGAAUUGUUCAGGAAUCCAUCGCAAUAUUCCCCAGGUCAGCAAAGUGAAGUCUGUCCGUCUGGAUGACUGGGACGAUGCUCAAGUGGAGUUUAUGGCUUCGAAUGGAAACAAUGUAGCAAAAGCAAAAUAUGAAUCCAAACUGCCACCGUUUUAUUACAAGCCAACGUUUCUCGACUGUCAACUGCUGCGGGAACAGUGGAUCAGAGCCAAAUACGAACGAAAAGAGUUCAUUCACAGCGAGAAGCAGGAGCCUUACUCUGCAGGGUACCGAGAAGGAUUUCUGUGGAAGAGAGGACGCGACAACGGGCAAUUCUUAAGCCGAAAAUUUGUAUUAUCGGAGCGGGAAGGUGCGCUGAAGUACUUCAACAAAAACGACGCAAAAGAACCCAAAGCAAUUAUGAAGAUCGAACAUCUAAAUGCGACUUUCCAGCCUGCAAAAAUUGGGAACCCACACGGACUGCAGAUCACUUACUUGAAGGACAAUAGCACAAGGAACAUCUUUGUCUAUCAUGAAGAUGGCAAGGAAAUAGUGGAUUGGUUCAACGCCAUCCGGGCAGCACGUUUUCAUUACUUACAAGUGGCAUUCCCUGGAGCCAGCGACGUUGACCUGGUGCCAAAGCUCUCCAGAAACUACCUGAAGGAAGGGUACAUGGAGAAAACGGGGCCAAAGCAAACAGAGGGGUUCAAGAAACGAUGGUUCACCAUGGAUGACCGGCGGCUCAUGUAUUUCAAAGAUCCUCUGGAUGCCUUUGCCAGAGGGGAAGUUUUUAUUGGCAGCAAGGAAAACAGCUACAAGGUCCUGGAAGGGCUCCCGCCGUCCACGCAGGGAAACCACUGGCAGCACGGGAUAACCAUCGUCACCCCGGAUCGGAAAUUUCUCUUCGCCUGCGAGACCAAGGACGACCAGCUGGAGUGGAUUACGACUUUUCAGAAAGUUAUAAGCCGGCCGAUGCUGCCUCAGGAAUACGCAGUGGAAGCCCAUUUCAAACAUAAACCUUAGCUGGGACUGGCUGGGCACACCUGAGGAAUGAGCUUCUGUUUACAACACAACGUGGUUUUAUUUGACAUGUUUAAAAUAAUGAAUAAUAAUAAUAACAGUAACAAUAAUAUAAUACUUCCCUUUCCCCUCAUCAUUCACUUGAUCAUGUCGGAAACCAAGAGGGUGGCAGCGAAACAUUGGAGGAGAUGCUGAUCCAACCUGAAAUUCGGCUCUGUGGGAUGCGCUGCUGGGACGGGUGAUCCCGAUGUCCCCAUCACCCCACACCCGCCUCAAGGGAUGUCCCACCCGGCUUCCACAGGAUGGCGAAGACUGUUGGUGGCACAUCUCGGGGGGAGAUGGGGCUUUUCUCCGCAGGAGAUGGAGCCGAGUUACCCCGCACCCUGGGCUGCCCACCAGCCCUUUCCACGGGCUCUGCAGGUCCCCGAGCGGUGACAUCCUCGGGGGACGCGACACACCAACCUGGGAACACCCAAAAUGGUGACACGCGAAGCGGCUGAGCCUCCCGGCGGCAUCGGGGGACGGGAAAGGACAUCACCUGGGAGCAGAGGUGAUGCUGCACCUGGGCAAAUGGGGUUUAGAAAGAGACAAAAUAGGCCUCAUCAGCCUCAUUAAUCGCAUUAAUCGCCUAAUGAAGGACACAGAGGAGGGGAGUCCAGUGCAGGCGGAGCCGUGUUGUCCCCACCCCUGCGGCCCUGCAAGGAGAAGAGGCUGGGGCAGCAAAGCUUUUGGGGUCAGGGCUGUGCCCCCAUCCCCACCCCACUACUCCCCCCUCUUCACGGGGUUUCACCCCAUUUCGGGAGCCCAGCAUGGGUUGCGGGGGUUGAGCUUUAGGCACAGUUUUGCCAGCCCAGCCCAGCCGGGCAGGCGCGUCCCCCCGGCCCAUCGCGUCCCUCCGGCCCCUGACACGUCGCGUCCCCACGUUAGUGGGUGCACUUUUUUUUGUCAAUAAUUCUCUUAGUUUUUUUAUUUUCUGUUAUUUUCCUGCCAAAAGCCGCUGCUUGCCGUGCCGUUUCAGCGCUGUGUUGAACGCUGUAGUUCCUGCGGUCGGGGCGGGCUGGGACCUGCACACCCUGUGCUGGAUUUUUACCCCCAAAAAUGAGAUUUCUGGCCUCUGCUGAAGCAGCAGCCGCAGCCGCGGACCCGUCCCACGCGCUCCCCACGCUGCUGUGUGUAAAUGAUCGCAUCUCAUGGGCUGUACGCAUUCCUUCUGUCACUGGUAAGACAACUGUGGUACUAAAUGUCAUUCGAACCAAUAAAUUAUUAUGAUGUCA